CUGAUUGCGAAGCUAGCCUAACAUUCUACUCCUCAUCCUCAAGGUUUUCUCUUCUCCAAACUGUUCAAUUUGGAUGUAAAGAAAGUAGUCUUAUUCUACUCCUCAACACAACUCCUCAAUCUCAGUCUUAUUUCUCCAAACUGAAUAAUCCAUGUUUAUUCAUGAGUCCAUGGAUGCAGUUUCGACGGUCAUGAUAUUGAGAUGUAUAUUGUGAAGCCAUAAUGGCACACUCUUGGAGGGUAAUCUCUAUUUAACAACUUAUCCUUAAAUAGAGUGCAGUGUAGAGGCAACCACUCAGACCAAAUAAUUUUCUGCCUUUCUUGGUAUUCCCAAAGUGUUUUUUGACAAUUGGGUCAGUUUUGAAAUGAAAGAAAAAAUAAUCUUCUUUCAUCAAGUAAUUUAUUAAGAUGAUCAAAAAAUACCGAGUGAAUAGCAUGAAGAGGUACGAACAUGACCAUCAUUACUUUCGGGGUAGUAAUAAUAUAGCUGCGAUUGUUGAAAGCAUAUUUCCAGAAUAUGUUGAAUCUGCAGGUGAUAUGAGUUGUUUGUGCGACCGUGCAAUUUUGGCACUGACACUGACUGUGGUUGAAACUGUUAAUGACUAUAUGACGGCUCUUAAUGACUAUCCAUGGGUAUUAUUUAGUAUUACCCAUGGAUAGUUGUAUGUUGUAGUAUCAAGGUUACCAAUCGUUCUGUUUUGAAAAUUCUAAUUGUUGAUGAAGAUGAAGGAACCACUGACAAGACUCAUAAUGUUGUAUUCAAAGAAGUGUUCAACAAUGUUUAUGUUUACAUUAAAUGCAUAUUUACAAUGUUAUGGUUUCAACUUAUUUGUUGGAUGUUUUUGAUCUUUUAAGUAACGCUUAGUACUCUCAUUUUGAUCAUAAUAUUAUAAGUGUGUUUCGUUUAAUGCUUUGAUGUCUAUCAGUAUUACAUGAAGAUAUAUGUUUUCAUCAAUUGAUAGUGUAAUUUGAAUUACUAACCAUAAGUAAAUUUGAAAGAAAAUUUCUCCAACCGUGCAUCGCACGGGUGAGUUUACUAGUAUAAAUAAUGGAAGCAUAUAUUAUGAACAUAUACACUAAUGGAAAAUAUGCAUUCUAUAAGUGACAUUUAAUAUGUGUUGAUUUUUGACUGUUAUAGUAUAUCAACACGGGGUCAAAUUCACAAAUAUUAAGAGCUUCGUGUUGUUUGGUGGGCUAAAAGUGUAAAAAGAAAAACUUUAUCAACAACGGUUUCAUGUUAACCCGCUGUAGAAAAGAAAAACGGGGUCACAUUCAUAAUUUUUCAGAAAUUCAAUCUGACGCGGGGUCUUUUUUGAAAUUUCAAAUACUCCAUCCGUCCCAAAAUGAACUUCUCACUUUCCUUUUCGGGCAGUCCCGAAAUUAACUUUACAAUUCAAAACUUUCCUUAUUUGGAAAAUAAUCUACAUAAAAAAAGUGCCAAACAGUGUCAAACAGUGUCCAAACAGUGUCAAAAAGUGUUUAAACAGUGCAAAACAGUGCACUCUACAGUAAAAUCAAAUUUAUUUUCUUAAUCUGUGUGAAGUUAAACUGAGAAAUUCAUUAUGGGAGGGAGGGAGUAAUUAUUUUCCAUGUCGACUGGGUUUUUAACCCUUAUAGAAUGAUCCUCAAAAUUAAAGCCAGCUUCGAAAAUGAGAAGGGUUUCUCAGGGUUUCUACCGACAGGAGGAAAGGUCUGCCGCUACCUCAAUUCGCCGCUCAUGACGCCCGCACAUCGUCAAUCCUAGACGAUGCCCGCUCUCCAGCCCUCCUAGAAGACGCUCACACUUCGAUGCUCCUAGAAGAUGCCCGGACUCCAUCGCGCCUAGAGGACGCCUAGACGACGACCUCCGCACUCCUAGACGACGCCUACACCCUGCCGCUGCUCUCCUGUUUUCCACAGCUCAUCCACUUGCCCGAUCUUCAUAGCCCAAGAACUUCACUCCAGCUUAUUGAAGACUGUGAAUGGACAAGAGCAAACAUGAACACCUCCAAAUUUUAUUGUGGAAUGUGCACUCAUUCAAUUGUAUCUGAUUCCAAAAUUGAGUGAUAAAUAUAGAGAAACGAGAGAAGACUUUAAGUGAAAUUUCCCUUACUCCAGAAUCUGGUGUCCGAUUGAGUAAGGCCGGAAAUAGGCCAGAAGAGGCUGCCCAGUGACCAGCUGCAAUUCCGAUAUCCGAUUGACGCUGAUUCUCCGCUUUAUUGCUUCUGUGGCUCUAUUCUUCUUUCAGACUUUGGAGUUCUUCUGUUGUGGCAAUCUGACCUAAGAAUCCACGUUCUAGCGCAGCCCAGAUGAUUGUGAAUUGAUUCGUCAAUAAAAAUGUCACUUCUUCGUGUUGGACGCGCUCGAGUGCUUCUUUCUUAUAAUAGAACUCUUCUUCAGCCAUCAUCAUUAUCAUCAUCCAGCUUGUUGUCAAGGCAUGAGUUCAGAUCACUAGUUGAUACCAAUAUCAUAUUCUCCAAUUCGGGAAGGCAUAGUAUAGCAACAUCUUGUUCAUUGUUGAACUUCCGGCACCAAUAUGCUACUAAAGCAGCUUCCGUAGAGAAGAAAUCAAAGAAGAUGUUAUUUUACCUGACAGGUUUGGUUUUUGGGAUGGUAGGAUUGAGUUAUGCAGCAGUUCCUCUGUAUAGAAGGUUCUGCCAAGCUACAGGCUAUGGGGGUACAGUUACACGCAAGGAGAGCGUUGAAGAAAAGAUUGCUCGGCAUGCCAAGGAUGGAACUGUCAGCACCAGGGAGGUGGUUGUACAAUUUAAUGCUGACGUUGCUGAUGGAAUGCCUUGGAAGUUUAUUCCUACACAACGAGAGGUAAGAGUAAAGCCAGGAGAGAGUGCCCUUGCCUUUUACACUGCUGAAAAUCGGAGCUCUACUCCAAUAACGGGUGUAUCUACAUAUAAUGUCACUCCUAUGAAGGCCGCAGUGUAUUUCAAUAAAGUGCAGUGCUUUUGCUUUGAGGAACAGCGACUUCUUCCUGGGGAACAAAUUGACAUGCCUGUAUUUUUUUACAUUGAUCCGGAGUUUGAAACAGAUCCCAAGAUGGAUGGUAUCAACAACUUGAUUCUCUCGUAUACAUUCUUCAAAGUGUCCGAUGAAUAGCAGCUGGUUCCUAUUGCGUGAUUAACCUUCUGUGUCAUAGGUACUUUCAUGACAUGUUUUAAUAAGUAUACCCCCCUCUUUAAAUUUAUACAUGGGAAAUGUGUGGGCCAUACUCUGUUUAUUCUACAUCAAUCUUGUGCUCAUGAUGGGUUGUCAUAGCUAGGGUGGGCCAAGCCAGCCAUGUUGCCACUGGUUCACCCAAGUUUGGUAAAAAGCUCUUCUAAGUGUAAAUUUUUUUAAUAUAAAUUUUAUAUGGAUAAUUUUUUUUGGGCCACCUGUAUUAAUCUUUUAAGAGUUCUUGCGACAUUGCCAGCCAUUAGAAUUGGGAUGCCUUGUGCGGCUGCACCAUCUUUAGACAUUAUUUAUUUGUGUAUGUAUUUUUUGUUCUGAAUUCUACAUGUGUUGUAUUGAUUCUUUUUUCUAAGCGGCAAUAUAUAUAAUACUAGGGUAGC